AUCUAUCUUUCCCCAGAUUCUUCCCUAGGUUUCUCGCGUUCUCAACACUACGGUCAUCGCCAGCUUCAAUAUGGCAUUGCCUGUCACCAACGGCGUCGUCACCCUUCUCCCUCCACCUAAGGGCUACAAUGUUGACUUUGACAACCCCCAGAGGAACGGAGACAUCACCUGUUACUGGCUCACGGGUGUGGGCAGUGUUCUGGCUCUCCUCUUUCUAGGCCAGCGAUUAUAUGUGAAGGCGAUUGUGCGCAAACACUUGUCAUUUGACGACGGCCUCCUUAUCGUAGCAUGGCUAUUUUCCAAUGCAAUUCAAGCCUUGAUUGUCCGAGCUUUCGUUUAUCAAUACAUUGGCGUCCAUGCAUGGGAGAUACCCUUCACUAAAUUUCAGGAAAAUUAUUUUUACGCCGUGUAUAUACACAGCAUUGUCUACGCCCCACCGACUGCUCUCACGAAACUGGUCCUCCUACUCUUCUAUAUCCAGCUACAGAACCAGGCGAAAUGGUUCCGAUGGGCCACGUAUACGACCAUGUUCAUCAACGUCGGCGCAAGUACUGGCAUCUUCUUUUCCUCCAUCUUUGCCUGCCGUCCAAUUGCAAUGGGUUGGGACCUGACUAUUACGGACGGUAAAUGUAUCAACCGCCCGGCAUUGUACGAAGCCACGGCGGCCUUUGGGGUAAUUGUCGAUUGCCUAAUCAUUAGUAUUCCAAUCCCUAUGGUCCUCCGUCUUCAGAUGUCAAGGAGCAAGAAAGCUGGGCUGAUCCUGAUGUUUGUGCUCGGUUCAAUAACCGUCAUCACCUCGUUCGUUCGCCUCGUGUUGCUCGUCACGGAGAUCAAACAAAUCGACUCCACGUGGGUCGCUGGCCCAAUCAAUUAUUGGGUUACUAUCGAGGCAAACCUUCUUAUUAUAUGCGCCUCACUGCCAACCAUCCGCCAAUUCGUGCGGACCGUCGCACCCAGACUCCUCAGCAGCACAUCGAACUCAAAUUACUACAAAGGCUCGGGUUCAGCCGGGAACAUGCCCACCAUCGGUGGCAUCAGUUCUCGCGGCAAGAACACAAGGAAGCGUGGCCCCUACGAUUCCGACGUCAUGAUGGAGACGCUGGUGGAUGGCGGCAGUUGGACCCAUACGCACGAGGUAGAGGAAGGGAACCCGCGUAGCAGUGCUAGUGGGGAUAGCAAGACAGCGAUUUUGGAUGACAGGGGUAUUACGAAGACGCAGACAGCGGAGGUUACAUACACUGUGGACAGAACAGGGGCUAGGGAGGCUAGUAGGGAAAGGAGUUUCUUCUAA